AAACUUUCUUAAACCUAAUUCAAUUAUUUCAAAAUUUAAAUAAUCAGAUAAGAAACAACUAUAUAUCAAUCCUCUACUCACCCAUAACACACACACACACCAAAAAUUCUUGUUUUAUAAAACAAAAAAAAAAAAUAAAAAAAUGACAACUUUAAAGAAGAAAAAUAUAAUCUUAAUCCCUUACCCAGCCCAAGGCCACGUGAGGCCCAUGCUCAAGCUAGCCACCGUCCUAUCCAAUCUCAACUUCCGGCCGGUGGUCAUCACGCCGGAGUUCAUCCACCACCGCCUUCAUCCGCCGGCCGUCGCCGGAGAUGGCAUCCUCCACAUGUCUAUCCCGGACGGGCUUGGCGGUGGGGGGCAGCUGGAUUUCUUUGCCAUCGAGCGGGCUAUGGAGGAAACUAUGCCGGUUUUUCUAGAGGAACUCGUCCGGAGGAUGAUCGACGGCGGUGAUGAUGUCAGUGCCGGCGGCCUGGCUUGCGUGGUGGUGGAUUUGCUUGUUUCGCCGGCGGUGGAGGUCGGGAGGCGGUGUGGGGUGGCGGUGGUCGGAUUUUGGCCGGCCAUGUACGCCACUUACCGGGUAAUCGGAGCUAUACCGGAGUUGAUCGAAAGUAAGGUGAUUUCGGAAAAUGGAUGUCCAACAAAUCAAGAUGCUCCUCUAUGCUUGUCUCCCAUUGAGCCCACUUUGACCACAAAUGAUCUCCCAUGGCUCAUCGGCUCAUCGACGGCCAGGAUCGCACGAUUCAGAUUCUGGACCCGAAUCCUAGAACGAUCCCAAAACCUCAAAUGCAUUCUCAUGAACACAUUCUCGGGCGAAAUCGAGCCUCGAGCUCGACAACAAUCAUUAGCUGAUGUCAGCAAAACACCUCAUGUUUUCGAAAUCGGACCUCUUAUCAUGCAAGCCGUAUCUAUCAACAAUCGUAGCUUGUGGGAAGAGGAUGCUAGCUGCCUCGACUGGCUCGACGGGCAGAGUGCAAGCUCUGUAUUGUACGUGUCGUUCGGAAGUUGGGUAAGUCCAAUCCAUGUAUCCAAAAUCGAGACUCUUGCAUUGGCCCUUGAGGCAUUAAGGAUACCGUUCGUUUGGGUGUUGGGGACCGCAUGGCGGCAAGGUUUGCCUAGCGACUAUGCCGAGAGGGUGUCGGAUCAUGGGAGGGUCGUUUCGUGGGCCCCACAAGUGGAUGUGUUGCGACACUCAGCUGUGGGGUGUUAUCUCACGCACUGCGGGUGGAAUUCGACUCUGGAAGGCAUACAAUGUAGGAAGCCCCUCUUGUGCUAUCCGAUUGCAGGCGAUCAAUUUCUGAACUGCAAAUAUAUCGUCGAAGUUUGGAACAUUGGGGUGAGAAUAAAAGGUUUUGAAAUUGAAGAGGUCGAAGAUGGAAUUCAAAAAGUUGUUGGGGACGAACAAGUGAAGCAUAGGAUUGAGAGGCUAUAUGAGAAGAUAUUUGGGAAAGAAGGGAGUUUAGAAGCAAUGGCUAAUUUAUCCACGUUUAUUCAAAAUCUCGGCUAAUAAAAUGUCUAUUUAGUUGUCUAAUGAACAUUUGUUUUUUGUGAAGGGGUAAUUAAACGAUGGUACCUUAUUGUAACUUUUUGAAUAUAUUCAAAAAACUAUUUCUAGAGUCCAAGUAUCCUUGUAAGUUAUUGUUACAUUGUCUUGAGAUUUUUGUGAAUUAGAAAUGUUUAAAUUUUA